AUGGCCACUAAUGCUAUGGACUCGAAGGGUCCAGCAGACUUCCAAGCUGAAGUCAACCAACUAUCCGAGAAGGAAAUGGAAAUUCUUAAAUCUUCUGCCGCAUCAGACACGGAUAUUGAGAACGAAGCACCACCUGCAUAUUCAGAGUCUACCUCAACUACUCUCCCUCGUGAUGGACUACAUGCCUUUGUGCCUGGCAGAUCACUCUAUAUCAACUCUCGCGGAAUCGAGUUAGAGAUCGGAAUUCAUAACCCUGACGGAACGCUGGCCUAUGUGUCUACCAGAGAAAAACGUUGCUCGGGGGAUGCAACCUUAUCAUCACCGAAGCUAGGCAACUUAUUGAGCACUUCCUACUUCUUCGGACCCGGCCGCAACCCUAUUAUCCACCAGCUUUAUCCAACCCCAUUCAAUGCUGGUGGUGAUGAUAGCAGCAAAGGCAUUAGCGUGGCUGGGAAGUUUAUUUCACGAAACGCAUGUUUCGAAAUGCCUGAUGGCUCCAUGUUUGAAUGGAGGUAUACCCGACUAGGUUAUGAUGGAGGUGGUAGGAGCAAGCUGCUUGUUCUUGAGAAAGUUGAGGGUGAGGGUGAUGGGUCACGCAAGAGAGUUGCGCAACUUCUUCGGACCAAGGAAACGAUCCCAGAAGGGAGUUCGAAGCAUAAAGCUGGAUGUGGUGGAGAGCUGAUUCUGGAUCAAAACGCUCAUGUUGAGAUUGACGAGGCGGUUAUUGUUGGUACUUGCCUUUUAAUGUUGAAGAGGGAGAUUGAUCGACGGAGAGCUAUCCAAAUAAUGGUUAUGGCUGGCAUUGCUGCUAACUAG